AUGUUAAAGAGAGAAGUACAAUCGAUACAACAAAAUGGCACAUUUAAUAAGAAAAAAAUUGUGAAAGCACCACCAUUUUAUAAUGUACAUAAUGAUACUUUUUAUCAUGGUCCAGCAUGGGUUAUUAAACCACGGUUAUUUCAACCAAAAGAGAAUCAUAUUAAAAAACCAGGUCCAGGUUAUUAUAAUAUUCCCGAUCGAUCUCUCUAUGAACGACCAGGUAAAACUAUCGGUAGUCGUUACGAAACAAAUCCACCAAUCUCAACUUAUCUAUUAGCACACUAUUAUCCUAAUGAUCAGUACAUAUCCAACACACGGAUGCCUACAAUUUCUAUUACACCACGUCGAAUUAAACAUGAAUAUCAAUCAAAUUAUUCUAGACGUUUUUAUACUUCAUCAAAUCUAAUUUCUCACCGUCAAACUCCUCUUCUUCGACCUUUGUACGGUCCAGCAGUAUCACGAAAACCUUUAGAUCAGAAUUUUUCAUCAAUUUCACCAGGACCAGCUGCUUAUCCUAUGUAUGAAUAUGAUGAAGAUGUUCUACCUCGACCACAACCUGGUUUCACACAAAAACAUCGUUUUGUAUCGAAUAGAGAUAGAUCAACAGUACACACAAGUCCACCUUUUUAUUAUUCAGAUAAGACAAAUCGUUAUCAAUUACCAUCAUUUACUAUCGGAAAACGUCUAUUAUCAUCGAAAAAAGUCCAACAAUGUGCAAUACCUUAUUACACACCAUUUAAUGAUAAAGCCUUGUGUUCACGUAUAACACAACCUGGUAUAACAUUAAAAGGACGUUGGAGUUCAGCAGUCUAUAUGGGUAUACAUCAUAAACCAAAAGUCUAA